UCAGGUACGACUCUCGGCGUCAGUUGCCGCACGGAAAUUCCUUAUGUCGCUCCCUAAUGACAAAGCUCGAGAAGUGUUCUACCCAGAAUUACUGCCAAGAAUGUGUCUCAAUAGGUAUUAUGUGGCAGAAGGAGUUCGCAUCUACUCUCAGGAAACCUGGCGGCAGGUGACAGGAACAGCUGGGAAGCAGCUGGUCCAAAAAUACAUCUCACAUACUGUGGACUAUUACAUAUUGGCAACAGAGUCAGAUAACCACGCUGUGCGGGAAGCAGCUUGUGCUUGUAUUGCUGAACUUGCAUCAAAAAUUCAUCCACAAACUGUUCAGCCACAUGUGGAGCGACUUCUGAACACCUUACUUGUUUGUUUUCAAGAUGACAGCUGGCCUGUGAGAGAUGCUGCAUGUCUGGCUUGUGGCAACUUCAUUCUGAGUUUUCCUGAUGAGUCUCAGGCAGCUCUUCCGUCGUUAUAUCCAAUGUUCUUUCGCAACUUGGAGGAUCCUAUUCCAUCAGUGAGGCAGGGGGCUGCUUCCUCUCUGGCCAGUGUUGUGCGAGCGUAUGGUCAGGAAGCACUGGCGGUGGUAAUGGAGAAAGUCACUGCAGGUCUGAAGGGCGUCAGGAACCAACCAGCAGAUUCCGAGAGGUACCUGGACUUGGAUCACAGUCAGGCAACGUUUGGUGUUGUGAAGAGGUUACGAGAUAAUGAUCCUGAAGUUCAUUCUGAUAAACAGAUGUAUUCUUGUGGAUCUUUGGCACCAAGGAUGGGUCGAGGUGGUUGCUCUGACCCAAAGUUCAGAAGACCUUCACAGCCUUGGGAAAUGGCAGAUGGAUGCGUGUACCUGCUUUCUGAGCUGUCACAGAUCCCUGACCUGUGCCGCUCGGUGUCUACUUCGCUACCUCUAGUGGGAGAGGCUUGUCACUACCAUCACUAUACCCAUCAUAUUAUGUUCCUUGAAACAGUUUGCAAACAGUUACCUCUCAUAGCAAAGGGAGUCGGCAAGAAGGUCUUCAAGUCCAUCGUUGAAGAGUUCUUAGACCCAGUUUUCUAUGCCUUGGAGUGUGAGAAUACCCUGACUUCAAGUGCAGCUAGUCAAUGCCUGAAUCAGAUUGGAAAUCUACUUGGACCAAAUAUACUGAGAGCAAAAGUUGAAAGGCAUAAUCCAAAGUAUUUACACCACCUGGAUGCAAAUGUCUUCAUUGCACCUUUCUAAGCUGAUCACGUCUCCUUUACUUGUUCUUGUGAUUCAUAAAUGUGGAAAACAAGUCUAUCUUGUGCGAUACAGACAGCUUGUGGACCGAGUUCCAGCUCUUGAUGUUAGGCAGCUGCUCAUUUAUAGUUGUCUGUGCACCAUAUUAUAGUUUUGCGUUCAUGAUAUUGUUUCGGUAAAUUGAAGUGAAAUAUGAGAAUUUUAUAUCACAGGUUGUUGCAGCCAUUAUUAUAUAACGUAGAAACCUGUACUUCAAUGUUACCAUCAAGACUAUAAGAAAACUGGCAUACAUUUAGUAACCAUAUUGUUCUUUUUCAGAUAAUUUAAAUGUAUUAUUAUUCAGAUUUUGGCACGAGGUUGAAAGUUACAAAAAUGAACAUUGUAUCGUAAUCCUCUUUCUUUAAUGUGUGUGGUCACCUUCACCCAUGCACCUCCUAUCCUUUUAGACUAUUAUCCAUUUUUAUGCUUAUUAUCUGGAACAUCUAAGUUACGGUUCCCUGCAUCCAUCUGUUGGGUAGUUAAAGUAAUAAGUAUUACCAUAAAGACUUGAAGAAAUGGCAUUUCCACUGCAUAUGAUGCCAGAGAGAGAUUGUCUCCAUUGGUCUGGAUGGGAUGGACCACAAGGAAGUGAGGAUCACACUUAUAUAUUUUUAAUAAAGUUAUUAAUUGUGAUUAAACUAAAUUUAACGUUGAGAGUACAUGCAGUAUUGUUUGUAAUUUUGCUUGUUAUGUUCUCAACCAUCUUAGAUAUGUGUAACACCUUUCGCUGUCAAAUUGUAACUCUCCCUUCCUGAAGAGCUGUGAUUUACUUUCUAUAUAAAUGUCAGUGUUGUUUAUCUUUGUUAGUGGUCACAUACCAUAAGAAAUUAAAAAGUAUUUAUGUAUAAUUAUACAUAUUGUCAAAAACAUUAUCUGCAAAUUCCUGCACAUGAUGAUACAAAUGAAGUGUUGCUGAAAUCACUAUGGAAGGAGUUUCAACGCACAAGAAAUUUGUGAUUUUAUGGCUUCUGAAACAAUGGAGGGGUAAGAAUUAUAAUUUUGAAAAGGCUUAAGAAAGUACGUCAUGUAGCAUUCAGUAGCCACAUUUUAUACAAGAGCUUGAGGCUACCAGUUUAUAGAAAUGUACUAAGGCUAUUAUUUUAAGACAGAAUUCAUGCAGUAUGACUCUUACUACUAUUGUGACUCAUGUAGUGUAUAAAUAAUGGAAAAGAAAAUGUUGUGUAGGCAUGUGAGUGUGGAUACAUAUGUACAAAAACACAUUGAGUAAGGUAAAGAGGUUCCCCUUCACUAAUAUGCUUCCAUAUCCCAUGCAUUUUUCUUCCUGUCAUUAUAAUCUUAACAAUAAUCUCAAAAUAUUUUAAUUUCUAGCCACACAUGAAAUGUUGUCAACAAACCCACUCAGGGAUGUCAGUGAAAAGAAUAUAUGCAGUCCAUUAUUUUUCCAUAUGGUUGUUAUGUUAUGCUGACUUGGUUAGACACUUAAGAUAAACAUAUUGCACAACAAGAAUACUCCCAAGCUACAUGUGACCUUGUUACUGGGAGUAGGGAUUAGGAAUCUCUUUGUAGUUCACAUAUUUUACAUUUCCAAAGGUUCUCCUAAUUUUGAGGAUAGGUUCUAAGAACACAGAUAACUAAAAACUCUCUAUACAAGUGGUCUGGACACAUAUCUGUUUUAAAAUGCGGACCUGUGAAGAUUUAGAACCAGAGGUAAUUCAUAAAUAAAUACAGCAAGUAGUAAUUUGUUUUUCAAAGAAUAAAUUGAGUUCAUCAAAGUA